UUCUUUUUCCAGGAAUCGGUGCAAAGCUUUGGGCCAUACCUAAAUAUUCCUCUAUACACCUCUCCAAUCUAUGCAUUUGAUUGCCCAGUUUUGCAAUUUGUCUCUCCUCAACUGUAUCGAUACCCAAUCAAAUUCAAACACCUCGUGAGCAGUGCUGUGGUACACGCGUAGACCUCCAACAGGGCGCAAUCAGACACAGCUCUGCCCUAUGCUUCGUUGCCUUUUACCACUUCAUCGUAGAAUCUUUGUUGUUGCGGCCACGGAAAAACCUGAAACCAACAAGAUAGCGUUCAGUACGCUAUCUUCUACAGUCCAGUCAAGAGCCAGGCAUACUCAUCAGCCGUCGUCGAUAUGGCUGAUGGCGGGGAUACCGUGCGACAAGACACUUCUCCGUGUCCCCAUCCGGGCUCGAGGAAGGCUAGGCCACGCACUCAGGCCCCAGAGCUCCAGGCUGACCACAGCUUUGGAAAAUCUAAAAAAUCACACAAAAGAUCGCCAACUGCGGUCAAUAUCUCUAAUGAGAAAACAGUACGGGGUCAGUCACCCAGUCACAUCUCUCUGCCCAAGGAAGGCCCGCAAAAGGUGGCAGUCGAAAAUCCCGCGACAUCAACUGAGAAGACAGAGGAGGACCACAACUCUUCUAAGUCUACUGUGAAGGAUGACUUCUCAUUGACCAAACCGAACCUAUGUGAUCCGACUCCACUAUCUGAGCUGUCAAAAAUAGGACCUGCUACUGAGUCGGAAGAUUCAAGUGGAAGCUGUGAAACUGUGACACACACACUUGCACCGAGGAGGGAUAGUUCUGGAAAAGGAACCACUGCAAGAUCAAGGAAGCCUGUCAUUAACAAGCCUAAUGCUUUGAGCUUUCUAGACUCGGACUCCCCUCAACUAACUCCCGAAGGAAUCCAACGUACAGUCAAAGAAGCUUUGGAAGCGUCGGCAGAUACGGCUACGAGCACGUCGCCUUCAACCCAUAGCACUGCUUCUACUUCAAGCAGUGUGAGAGAAGAUCUCUUCGACGUCUUUGGUGACCAUGAGACGGAGCAGAGCAAUAGUCCUCGAAGUACCAGCCCUGAGCACAGCGUCAAUGGUGACACGAGAAGCACUGGUUUCGAAGAGACUGGGAUUCGCACAAAACCAAGUAAGAUCAAGAGACGCAGCUAUGGCACUCCUGAGAUGGCACGAGCAAAAGUUCAACAUUUCCACACCCUUCCGGACGACAUCACUCCCCGAGCACCAAACCAGCAAUUCAUCAAGCAUCUCCGGCCUGAAAAGCCUCCGUUGACUGGCUAUGAGCUGGUAGCCUCGAAAUUAUCCGCCACAUCAGUACAUCGAUCGGGACUACCUCUACGGCCGAUUUACCGGCGGUUUGAGACCUUAAAUCAUCGAAUACUCCUUCAUCUUCAGGACGAGAUCUGCGAAUUUGAGGAGCAACUGCGCCAUCUCGAUAACGCCGAUACGCAAAAUCGACGCCUACCGAAUGGUAUUGUGCCAGCCUCGAGGAGGGCGGAGUCUAUUUCGGGUAGCGAGUUGCACUGGCACAGAACUGAUAUACUUGGGAAAAUAGCUUUCAAAUUAGAACAAUACAACCGAGUCUUGUCGUCGUUUCGGGAGACUCUUUCGCUGCCGGCUCCAACGCCAGCUGACGUACUGGAAUAUCGAGGGUUCCUCGGGAGCUACGCACCGAUCGCUGAGGUCGAAACUCAAUUCUUGAAUGCGACAGACGACCUUGUAUGGCUAGGAUAUAGCGAUGAAGAAGUGGCGACGAAUGAGGAAGACGUAGUCACGCCUAUUUCGCGAUCCGAUAUCACCGAUUUCCAUCCUCGGCGUCGCGUAUCGAUCCUAUCACAGUCCGAUAGCUCCCGCCGAUACGAUGAAGGAAGAACCCCAUCCCCAAGUCAUAUCACUGUUCAAGGUGCUGCUCGUGAACAAGAUGCGGCAAACAAGCAGACGUUGAUGCACUUGUCGUUGGCACUAGCCGCUGCCAUCACACUGCCAAUAUUGACGUUCCUGGUGAUUCCAGGCUUCAUUGGGCGUAUGACUGUAGUAUGCUUGGUGGGAAUUGGAAUUCUAGGGGCACUGGUUCAAGGCAAUGUGAUGAGGCUUCGAGCAAGCCAAGAGAUCUGCAUCAGCGUAGGGCUUUACGGUGGAGUGAUGGCGUUUCUCGCUGGUAUGAUAAGUUAAUGAAUGAUACUCGUAAUUAAGGUAUGGUGGUAUUUUGCAUCAUGCCAUUUGGAAUAGCAUCACAAUCUCUCUAUUUUAUUUUACCGAAAAGACACCUAGGAAGGUGCAGUCAGGCGUUCGAAAUGGGAGGCAGGGACCUCACCAGGCUAUAUCCGGCUUAAGGUCAUACUUGAGCUUUUAUUCAUUUACCUAGCAUAGAGACAACUGUGGAAAGCCAUCCAGCCAUCGCAGCCACAGCCUGCAGGUUGGCAAACCGGGGCAAAUCAUUGCAUGACAAGU